UCCCGUGCAGCUGUGAACGUGCUGGAGUUGUGGCCACGAGAUGGCAUUCUGUGAGCUUCUCUUGCUGAGGAAAAGCAGAGCUUGCCAUCUUUAAUAAUAACAAUAAUAAUUAAAGGGGGGGGAAGCCACAAACCCUCCCUGUAUUUUCUGAAGUCCGUGACAAAGCGAGAUUUGUGAGGAGGCUGCUGCUGCUCCUGGCAAACAAUGGUGCUGCUUUCCCAGAGCUGCGAGGGAGACUGAGGGUCAAGUCCCUUUAAAAAAAAAAAAAAAAAGUGAAAUACAGUAUUGUGCAUCUUGAAAUCUGAAACCAAGAAACAGAAGUGCGAGGGAAACAAGGGGGAAAGUCUUGCAAUUCCUGUGGACAACUGUUGCGAGUGGAGUUUUAAGGAAUACAAUAUACAUCUCUGCCUUUUAAAGGUUAUUGAAUGGCUUUUGUGGAGAAACCUGGGAAAUAAAGGAGCCUCGGAAGAAGAGAUUUCUUUUUCUCCUCCUCUCUGGAUAUAAUGGCCAUUGCAAAGCAGAGCAUCUUGAGAUUUGGCUUCCAGUGUGCCUUCCUCGCAGUUUUUACCCUCACCUGUGAUGGCCAAGGUGGGAAGAGAGAGAACGGUGGCCCUGCCUGCUACGGGGGCUUUGAUUUGUAUUUCAUCCUGGACAAGUCAGGCAGUGUCCUGCACCACUGGAACGAGAUCUAUCACUUUGUGGAGCACCUGGCCCGCAAGUUCAUCAGCCCUCAGCUGAGGAUGUCCUUCAUUGUUUUUUCAACCAGAGGGACAAUUCUAAUGAGGUUAACAGAAGACAGGGAGCAGAUCCGCCAGGGCCUGGAGGAGCUGCAGAAGGUGCUGCCAGGAGGGGACACGUACAUGCACGAAGGAUUUGAGAGGGCAAGUGAACAGAUUUACUACGAGAAUGUUCACGGUUACAGAACUGCCAGUGUCAUCAUCGCAUUGACAGAUGGAGAGCUCCACGAGGAUCUAUUUUUCUACUCUGAGAGGGAGGCCAACCGCUCGCGGGACCUGGGGGCCACCGUGUACUGCGUGGGGGUGAAGGACUUCAACGAGACCCAGCUGGCCCGGAUUGCUGACAGCAGAGAUCAUGUCUUCCCUGUCAACGAUGGCUUUGAGGCCCUGCAGGGCAUCAUAGACUCCAUUUUGAAGAAAUCCUGCAUAGAGAUCCUGGCAGCAGAGCCCUCCAGCAUCUGUGCAGGGGAGUCCUUCCAGGUGGUGGUGAGGGGGAAUGGCUUUCGCCACGCCCGCAACGUGGACCGGGUGCUGUGCAGCUUCAGGAUCAACGACACGCUCACCCUCAAUGAGAAGCCUUUCGUGGUGGAGGACACCUACCUGCUGUGCCCAGCACCUGUGCUCAGGGAAGUUGGCAUGGAAGCAGCCCUUCAAGUCAGCAUGAACGAUGGGCUGAGCUUCAUCUCCAGCUCUGUCAUCAUCUCCAGCACGCACUGUUCCGACGGGACCAUCCUGGCCAUCGCCUUGCUGAUCCUCUUCCUCCUGCUGGCCUUGGCUCUGCUCUGGUGGUUCUGGCCCCUGUGCUGCACCGUGAUCAUCAAGGAGCCUCCCCCACCUCCUGCAGAGGACAGCGAGGAGGAGGAUGAUGAUGGGCUGCCAAAGAAGAAGUGGCCAACAGUGGAUGCCUCUUACUACGGAGGGCGAGGAGUGGGCGGCAUCAAACGGAUGGAGGUGCGCUGGGGGGAAAAGGGCUCCACGGAGGAAGGUGCCAAGCUGGAGAAGGCCAAGAACGCCCGGGUGAAGAUGCCAGAGCAGGAGUACGAGUUCCCCGAGCCGCGGAGCCCGGGCAGCAGCAUGCGCCGGCCCUCGUCCCCUCGCAGGUGGUACUCCCCCAUCAAGGGGAAGCUGGAUGCCCUCUGGGUCCUGCUGAGGAAGGGCUACGACCGCGUGUCCGUGAUGCGUCCGCAGCCCGGAGACAAGGGCCGCUGCAUCAACUUCACGCGGGUGAAGAACGCGGAGACCCCCCCCAAAUACCCCCUGAACAACUCCUACCCCCCCGCCCCGCCCCCGGCGCCCAUCUACACGCCCCCUCCCCCCGCCCCCAUCUACACCCCCCCUCCCCCCAGCUCCCCCCACGCCCCCUCCCCCUCCUCCACGCUGCCCCCGCUGCCCCCCCCGCCCCAGGCCCCCCCCCCGGGCCGGGCGCCCCCCCCGUCCCGGCCCCCCCCCCCGCCCCACGGCCUGAGGGGUCCCCCCGCCCCUCCCGGGGCUCUCCCAGCACUGCCGGACCCCCCCCCGGCUGGGGGACCCCAGCCCCGCCCGGGGUGGCAGCAGCUCCCCCCGGCCCCUUCUGGAACCUCCUCCCCCCUCUCGUCCCCCCCACACACCCCCCCCGAGCAUCAGUGCCAGGAACUCGGGGAGCUCCGGCCGUGCCAGCUGUGCCAGCUGUGCCAGCUGUGUGUGCCCUGUGCCAGCUGUGUGCCCAGUGCCACCGUGGGAACGCCCUGCAGGAAGGGCACGGGGGACAGGGAGGGUCCUGGGCACAGCAUGGCACAGCAUGGCACGGCAUGGCAGGGCAGGGCUGCCAGCAGUGCGGGACCCCGGCCAGCUGCCUGGCACACCUGGGCACACCUGGGCACACCUGGGACCAUCUGGCACACCCGAGAACACCUGGGAACAUCUGGCACGCCUGGGAACAUCUGAGCGCCUGGCACAUCUGGACACGGGGGCACACCUGUGCAAACCUGGGCACCUGGGAACGCCUGGACACCUGGCAGACCUGGACACUCCUGGCCACGCCUGGCACACCUGGGAGCACCUGAGCACCUGGCAUGGCUGCACCUGGGCACACCUGGCUCACCUGGACACACCCGUGUGUACCUGGGCACACCUGAACACCUGGGCACACCUGGGCACACCUGGGCACACCUGGCUCACCUGCCCCUGGGCCCAGCAGCCCCUGGGGUGGCCCAGGUGGUGCCAGGCACCCUUCCCUCCCACGGGAGCCCCAGCAGGGAAGGCGGUGCCACCUCCCAGCGAGGGUGGGAUCAGGAAAUCAGAGCGCAGGGAAACCCCAAAACCACCCCUGGGCACGGGCACACCCAGCCCGGGGGCACCAGGAGCCCCAGCACCGCUGAGGCUGGCACAGCUGUGGGCAGCAGAGGGGGCUCUGUCCGUCUGUCCGUCCCCCACGUGCUGCAGUGUGGGUCAGUGCUGCUCCCCACCCAAGGGAAGGGCUCUGAGUGCCACCCAGAGGGGUUUGGGGGCUGGGGAUCCCCAGAUCCGCUCUGCUGGGGCUCCUUGUUGCUGAAAAGGUUCCACUGAUGCCUCCCUGUCUGUCUGUAAAUUGAAUUUUUUCGCCUUAAAAAUGUUUCCACAUGGAUAUUUUGGGUGGGUUUUUUUGGUUGGUUUUAUUUUGUUUUGGUUUUUUGGGGUUUUUUUUUUUUUUGUUUUAUUUUGGGGGUUUUGGGGGGUUUUGGAGUUUUGGGGGUUUUUUUUGGAUUUUUGUUUUGUUUUGUUUUCCUUCCCUGAACAAGCAGCAGCUGCCUCCCCAGCCCCGAGUGAAGAAGAGCCAGUGUCCCUGCCCACCCUUGCCAGCUCUCAGCAGCAGGGACCGAGGCAAACCCCCCUGGGGCCGGCCAGACGGGAAUCAGCCUGCCAAGAAAUGCACUGGCUGCAUUUCUCCUGCUUCCUCCUCCCCUUCAGGGGACCCCAGCACCCCCAGGGCACCCCCUGCCUCCUGCAGCCCAGCCCCAGAGCCCCCAGAGCCCCCCAGAGCCCCCCAGAGCCCCCCAGAGCCCCCCCAGAGCCCCCCAGAGCCCCCCGAGCCCCUCCAGUUCUCACAAAUCUCCCAGGAGACAAACCCACCUCUGGAGCUGCACUGCUGUCACAGCAAAGGGUUCUCACCCCCUUGUGGUUUUUUACCAGGUAAAGAAAUGCUUUGCUGAGUGCUGCUUUUGGAAAUAGCAGUUCUAGCUUUUCUAGAAAAACAAAGUGGGGGAAAAAAAAGAAAAAAUAAGAUCUCAAGGAGGAAAGGGAAUGGAGGAAAGAGACUCAGUGGAGACCUGCCCGGGGCAAGGGGAGCAGGGGACCCCUCCCUCCCUCCCUCCCCCUGCCCUUGGUGGGACAAACCCUGAGGUGCUGAGGAGCUGGGACUGCAGGGGCUGAGCUGGGCUGAGCCCCCUGUCCUGGCUGCAGCAGGGCUCCCUUUGUCCCUUUGUCCCUUUGUCCCUUGGUCCCUUUGUCCCUGUCCCCUGUUCUGGCUGCGGGCAGCACGGAGCAGCCCCCCCCCAGCCCCCCCUGCCCCCCAGCCCAGCUGCACCAGCUCCAGCCCCACUGCUCCCAGGGGGGCAGGGGCAGCGUGAGCCCCCCUCGAGCUGGGGGGGUCCCUCGUGGGUGGACGGGAUCUGGUCAGGAAAAGAGCUCCUGGCUUGGCUUGGCUUGGCUUGGCUUGGCUUGGCUUGGCUUGGCUUGGCUUGGUUUGGUUGGUCUUGGUUGGUUUGGUUUGGUUGGCUUGGUCUUGGUUGGCUUGGUUUGGUUGGGUUUGGUUGGUUUGGUAGGGUCUGGUAUGGUCUGGUUUGGUUUGGUUGGGUUUGGUUUGGUUGGGUUGGUCUUGGUUGGGUUGGUUUGGUUUGGUUGGUCUUGGUUGGUUUGGUUUGGUUGGGUUUGGUUUGGUUUGGUUGGUCUUGGUCUUGGUUGGCUUGGUUUGGUGAUGUUUGGUUGGUUUGGUUGGUUUGGUCUGGUUGGGUUUGGUUGGUUUGGUCGGGCCUGGUAUGGUCUGGUUUGGUUGGUUCAGUUUGGUUUGGUGUGAUUUGGUCUGGAUUGAUUUGGUUGAGUUGGGUUUGGUUUGGUCUGGUUGGGUUUGAUCUGGUUUGCUUUGGGCUGGUUGGCUCUGGUUGGCUCUGGUUUGCUCUGGUCUGAUCUGGUUUUGUCUGGUUGGCUCUGGUUUGCCCUGGUUUGGUCAGGUUUGGUCAGGUUUGGUCAGGUUUGCUCUGGUCUGAUCUGGUUUGGUCAGGUUUGCUCUGGUUUUGUCCGGUUGGCUCUGCUGUGAUCUGUUUCCACGGAAGGGGUGAAAGCUGGCCCAGUGCAGCACGGGACCCACGGCCCCGGCAGAUCCUCAGCAUCUCAGAAACCUUUGGGGAGGAAAUGGAUUUUCCACAAGACAGCUUUGAGGAUUUUCUUUUUUCAGGUGUCAGUUAGCCAAUAAGUUGGUUAAUUGGCUAAUUAGCAAUAAACCUCCUGCUGGGGGACAAAAUAAAAGCAGUGUAUUGUCCAUGACGUUUUUGCAGAUGUACAGAGAAAUUCUCAUUCUCCCCAAACUAAGGAAAAAAACCCCAAACCCUGCAGAUUUAAAGAAGCAAAAUAAAGCCUAGAUCAGGCUAGGGGGAAAAAAAAAAAAAAUCAGAAUUUUCAAAUGCUCCCUUUGUAAUCAUCCAGCUUAAAAAUAAAAAACGAGCUCCAAAUUUGUUGUUGUACAUAUUGUUGCUGCAUGCUUACCAUAUGUUAGAUGGAAGCAUUUCCUAUCCCUUGUGGAUAAAAGAACAUUUUUCAAGUUGUAGUAAAUUAUUCUAAAGCCAAUGACAUUUCAUGGCAUGUUAUCGUA